CAGCAAUUCUGGCGACAACUGUUCCCGACGCGCGCAUCACUUCCUGCUGUCUUAUGGCACGAUCAGAAUUGCCGCCUCUGGCGUCUCCUCAGGAACGCAGACGAAGAGACACAGAAAUUCUUUGCUGGCUCUGCACUACCCGUUGAUGUGUUUCACUUCAAAUGCAAGCACAAAGAAGGUGAUGUGAUAUGUGGUACUCACUGCAAUCCGUACAUAUGGAAUGAACUGCGCACGGAGGAGGGAAAGUGGCGCUUCAAUUCUUCAGCUGCGGAGCAGGCCAACGUUUGGUUUGGAAGCUUCCAGGCGAUUACUCGGGAAAUGCAGGUUGAUAGGUACAAUUUCUUCUUGGACGAGAUGGUGAAGCGCCAUAAUCGCUUGGUGGUUGCGGAGUUGCAACGGAAAGGACACCAUCCUUACCUUAUACCUCGCGAAGAAUUGUUGGCCUGCUGA